GUUACUCGGUCGAGGCCCGUGCAAGAACACGCCGCUGAUCCAGCUAGUUUCCCUGACGCCUGGAGUUCGCUACUUGGAAGACAUGGCGAGAUGGAGGCUCGGUCCACGGCGUCAACCCCGCUUGUCAAUCAAUCAGUCUCCGACUCGGACGGCGAUGAUCGCUUUGGUUUCCUAGUCCGAUCGGCUAGGCGAAGUGAGUCCCCGUCCCGCUCAAUAAAAGGAACCUGCUGGGUCUCAAUCCUCUCCACACCGAAGCGAGAGACGGCGGCCAUACGCCAUAGAUGGCAACCAUGGCUCGCAUCCUGCUCGCCGCGUUCGUGGCUCUAAUCCUCGUCGGCGUCGGCCCGUGCCACGCAAGGCCGGCGCCGCAGCAUGCUGCCAUGUCGGCAGCGAAAGGGAAGGCCGCGGCGGUGGACGGCAUCACGGCCAUCUACAACUUCGGCGACUCCCUGUCGGACACCGGCAACCUGCUACGCGAAGGCGCCGCCGGCAUGCUGCAGUACACCACGGGCCCUCCCUACGGCUCCGCCAUCGGCGGCGCCACCGGGCGAUGCUCCGACGGGUACCUCAUGAUAGACUUCCUCGCCAAGGAUCUCGGCUUGCCGCUGCUCAACCCGUACCUCGACAAGGGCGCCGACUUCGCCCACGGCGUCAACUUCGCCGUCGCCGGCGCCACGGCCCUCGACGCGGCGGCGCUCUCGAGGAGAGGGGUCUCCGUCCCCCACACGAACAGCUCGCUCGCCGUCCAGCUGCAGCAGUUCAAGGACUUCAUGAGCGCCCACACCCGGUCCCCGCAGGAGAUCCGCGAGAAGCUGGCCCGGUCGCUGGUCAUGGUGGGCGAGAUCGGCGGCAACGACUAAAACUACGCCUUCGCGGCGAACAGGCCGGCGGGCGACGGCGAGCGCAACCUCUACAACUUCGGGCGCAUGGCGGCCGGCGUGGUCGAGGCGACGGCGCUCGUCCCCGACGUGGUGCGGUCCGUGACGAGCGCGGCCAGGGAGCUCCUCGACAUGGGCGCGACGCGGCUGGUGAUCCCCGGAAACUUCCCGCUGGGGUGCGUGCCGAGCUACAUGGCCGCGGUGGACGACAAGGACCCGGCGGCGUACGACGCCACCGGCUGCCUCGCGGCGCUGAACCUGUUCGCCCAGAUGCACAACGUGCUGCUGCAGCAGGGCAUCCGGGAGCUGCGCCGGGCGUACCCGGGCGCCACCAUCGCCUACGCCGACUACUUCUACGCGUACGUGCGGAUGCUGCGGGACGCCGGCGAGGCGGGGUUCGACGCGGCGGCGCUGACCAGGGCGUGCUGCGGCGCCGGCGCCGGCGCGUACAACUUCGACAUGGACCGGAUGUGCGGCGCGCCGGGCGCGUCGGUGUGCGCGAGGCCCGAAGAGCGCGUCAGCUGGGACGGCGUGCACCUGACGCAGCGCGCGUACAGGGUCAUGACCGACUUGCUCUACCACAAGGGGUUCGCGUCCCCGGCGCCGGUGGAGUUCCCGCGUGCGUGAAGAUCGACGUGCAUCCUUCGUUAGGCUGGCCAGUUGGUGUCGUGGAUUGCAUGUUCUACUUUUGUCAGUGUCUUUCACCUUUGUUUUUGUGCAACCUGUGUAUAAAGGGUUUAAGGAUUAGUUGGCAAAUUAGUAUUAGUUCCAAGUUUUAAGGAUUCAGUCUGCAAUUUGCUUUACUGUUCUUUUUUUGAAACAUUUGCUUUACUGGUUAUACAAGCGCAUCUCGUUUCCGCCCAAAUAGAAAAUAAAGGGUGAAUUCACUACAAAUUACAAUUACUCAGCUGCUCGACCAGAAGGUCCAGAAGUUGAGAGCCUCAGGAUUCAGGAACCACCAAACCAGGACGCUGCCUUGCUCCACCAGCAGCUUGUACCCACAGGCCACCAUGGUUUGCCCGAAGCC